AUGUCCGACAAGCAAAUCAUACUCCCCAUCAUUGACUCCCAUAUUCACCUCUACCCAGCGUCCGAAACCGACUCCCUCGCUUGGUACACCCCCGAUGGUCCUCUUGCCGGCCAACGUUCUCUUGAAGAAUACCGCGAAGCUACCUCUUCGGCACCGUCCCUCCUAGGCUUCGUCUUUGUCGAAACAGACCGCAAGAACGAUAUUGAAGCUGGCGCAGCCGAUGGCACUGGCUGGGAGCAGCCUCUAGCUGAGGUCUCAUGGCUCAAGCGUGUUGCGCUUGGUCAACCGCGCGAAGGUGAGGGCCACACUCCCGAGGACGCAAAGUUGUGCCUGGGUAUCGUGCCCUGGGCGCCACUGCCCAGCGGUCCUAAGGUUCUAGAGCGCUACCUUGACCGAGUAAGAGAGGAGGCCGGUGAUGCUUGGCCUAAGAUCAAGGGGUUUCGCUACUUGCUACAGGACAAGCCUCAUGGCACCAUGCUGGACGAUAAAUUCAUCGAGGGCGUCAAGCUUCUUGGUCGACGAGGAUUCGCCUUCGAUGUUGGUAUUGAUCAGCAUCGACGUGGAAAGAAGCAGCUCGAUGAGGUGAUCGAGUUCGUUGACCGUGUUCACGAUGGUGUUCCCGAGGAGGAGAAGGUCACCCUAGUGUUAAACCCCAGCUUCCACGCCUGGCGCACUGCCGUCUACACCCUCAGCAAAGACUCUCAAGUCUAUAUGAAGCUCUCCGGUGGCUUCUCCGAGAUGCCCGACUCCCUACGAAACCAGGACCCCAACCAUAUCUUCGAGGCUACCCUGGGUUGGCUCGGUAUCGUCCUCGCCACCUUUGGCCCCAGCCGUAUCAUGUUUGGGAGCGAUUGGCCUGUCUGCACUGUCAACACCGAGAAUGCCUGGCCUAGAUGGCGCAGCAUCGUUGAACGCAUGUGUUGGAUGGCUACACUGAGUGAUGAAGAGCGCGCAAUGAUCUUUGGCGGUACUGCCAAGAAGGCUUAUGGCCUCUGA